UUUGUUCGUCAGUGAGGAGUUGAGGUCCGCUGACAGACGGAGAGCCGGGUCCAGACUCCACAGCACCAAAAUGAGCCUCUUUAAAACCAUAUUAAACUAUGCGGAUGAUUUUAAGUGUUUCACUUCCGGUCAGUGAUCUGUGUCUGUCGCGCGGAUGUUCGUUUGAAGUUGCGGCUCAGCUGCGGUGUUUGAUAUCAGUGUGUUUCAGUGUGUGACACUUCUCCUCCGGACGUUUGGUCACUAACAGCUCCGUUAAAAAGCGACGUCAUGAUACCUGAAUGUCCUCGCGCCGGGACCUCGAGGAGCCGGACCCGCUUCCAGCACAGCCCGGCGGCAGAACCGAGCCAGGCGCGCGGCGGCAGCGGCUUGUUGUCCGACAUCAAAACCACCAUCAGCACCGAGCCGUUCACCGACCACUACACCAUCAUCCCCGGGAAGGAGCUGGGAAGGGGCAAGUUCGCUGUGGUCAGAAAGUGUGUGGAGAAACGCACAGGCAACGAGUACGCUGCAAAGUUCAUGAGGAAGAGACGGAAAGGCCAAGACUGCCGGAUGGAGAUCAUCCAUGAGAUCGCAGUGCUGGAGCUGGCCACAUCCAGCCCCCGCGUCAUCAACCUCCACCAGGUGUACGAGAUGGCUUCUGAGAUGGUGCUGGUCCUGGAGUUUGCGGCUGGAGGUGAGAUCUUCAACCAGUGUGUGUCGGAUCAGGAAGAUGAGGCCUUCAGCGAGGAGGACGUGAAGAGGCUCAUGAGGCAGAUCCUGGAGGGAGUCUCCUUCCUCCACCAGAACAAUGUAGUCCACCUCGACCUGAAGCCUCAGAACAUCCUGCUGACCAGCAGCUCUCCUCUGGGUGACAUCAAGAUCGUGGACUUCGGUCUGUCCAGGAUGGUCAACAGCCACCAGGAGCUCAGGGAGAUCAUGGGAACUCCGGAGUACGUCGCUCCCGAGAUUCUAAACUAUGAGCCCAUCAGCACAGCAACAGAUAUGUGGAGCACUGGUGUGUUGGCCUACGUGAUGCUGACAGGGAUCUCUCCGUUCCUGGGCGAGAACAAGCAGGAGACAUUUCUCAACAUCUCCCAGCUCAACGUGAGCUACACUGAGGAGGAGCUGCAGCAGCUGGACCAGGCCGCCCUGUCCUUCAUCCAGACGCUGCUCUGCAAACAGCCACAGGAUCGGGCCACAGCCGAGCAGUGUCUCAAACACCCCUGGCUUCAGUCCCCAGAGCCACAAAUCCCUCCAACGGUGGAGGAGAUCCUCCCGGCGGAGGACCAGGAGGUGUCAUCCAGCUCCACCAGCAGCUCCACCAGUAGUCCCGAACCUCCCAGCAGCGCCACCACAGCCGAGGAGGAGGAAGAGGACGAGGAGGGUGAAGGCCCGGUGACGGAGGAGCUGAUAGUCAUGGCUGCCUACACCCUGGGUCAGUGCCGCCAGUCCUCCACCUCCACCUCAGAGAAGGAGGCCCUGGCUGCCGAGCAGAAGGCCAUCUCCAAACGCUUCAAGUUUGAGGAGCCUUUCAGCGCCCUGCAGGAGGUGCCCGGAGAGUUCAUCUACUGACCCCACCCACCACAUGACAGUACUGUCUGAGGAAACGUUAGUGUUGUCACGGUAACAAAGAUAAGCCUUGUGAUUAUACGAAUUCCCCUCCAUAUAUACUGUAUGUGUACGAUCAGAUGCUGUUGCACAGUCACUCUGAUUUUAUUUAAGCAGUUGGAUUUAAGUGCAUUUUUUUAAGUACCUGCUCAUGUGUUUCUCCCAUAAUGCUUCACCCUGCUUGACACCCACCCACUCCACCUUCUCAAACAGCCACACUAGGGUCAUGUCUCUUGAUUUGGUUUGCUGUUGUAUUUUUCUGACCAAAUGAAGACACUGAGAUAUUUCCACACGCUGCUGUAGAGUUUGUAAACUUCAACUUUUGAGGUCUUCUUUCCAGAGCUGUCAUCUUAGUCUGACUCUCAGCUGUCAGUCGCACAGGGAGACAUCGCCAAGAGACAGAGAGACAGAGGCUGAAUCCAGAUAUCCACCUCCUAGACGGGGCCUUUACACCUGCAGGGCUGCACGCUAAACGCACAUGUGACCUCUCACAGUGUUUCUCUGAGCAGAAAUCACAGUCUGGAGCUUCUGAUCGUGUCACUUGAGCUUCCUCAGGAGUUUGACCAGUUUCCAUGGACAGAUCAGGGAGUGUGAGAAAACAGUACUUUGAAAGUUUAAACUACAGCAUGACAACAUGUCAAACGAUAUCUCCUGAGGGAGAUUGUUGACUACGACUGAAAGCUUCGGACUAGCUACUAAAUGGACCUUGUGGUAAAUUUGUCAGAUAGCAAUGGAUAUUUUCGCUUUUAUCUAAAUUGUGUCUAACUUUUUUGACACAUUGAUAUUAUUUAGUAUUAUUACAAGUCUCAGGACUUAUCGUUACUCAGAGGUGAAGAGUCUGCACAUGCAGGAUAGUGUGGACAUUUAGAUUCAACAAGAGAAAAACCCAGAGGGACAGGACAAAGUCCAGAGCACAAGACAGACUGAUCAGUGCUAAUUUCAUUGACGAAAACUAUGACGACCUUUUUUCUAUGAUGAAAACGAGACAAUGACGAGCUAAAAAUAGAUCUUGAUAAUAAAAACUAAGAUGAAAUUUGUGUUUAAGUGCUGGACUGUGCUUGCAGUUAUCUUCAGAUGGUAAACUCCAGUAAAUAGUCUGCACCAGGAUGUUUGGGUUGGUGCGAGUUGUGAGCUGUAACAGCGGUGGUUGUUAGCAGCUAGCUCUGCUCGCAGACUUCACAGCUUCACCCCACAGGACUCCACUCAGUCCGGACUGGAGAAGGUUUGUGGGUUGAUGGUGUUUGACAGGCAGGUAGGAGGCUCAGUUAUCUGUGAGUGUAGCUGUGCUGUAAGUAAACAGUCUGAACUCAGAUCAGUUUUCUCUGACAGAGAUGAAAGUUUAGUUUGAAUCACCAACUCUGUGAGAGGACACCAGUUUAAACCUCCAGACUAACAUGUUGCACAUGAAGAAACAAGUUAUGUUUCUGCUUCUUAACAGUCACAUGGAUAAGUCAGAGUUUACAAUGAACCUGGGGACAAAUCUUAGUUGGCUCACAUUAGUUAUUUGUUGAGAGCAUAAAUAGAGAGAUGUUGAGCUUUUCAAAUGAUCAUCAGUAAGUGUGUGCUUGUAAAUCAGCCCUUAAACCUGUCACACACUGCUGGAUACUAUGACUGGUGACUAAAACUAAUUUUUGGUUUGAUGACUGAGACUAAAUCUAAAAUGAAAAUUAACACUGAGACUGAUUAACGUAUUGGUCCACUUUCAGUGUUUCAUCCUAAGAAACUCAAACACAGUGAGUGCUUGAGGGUAUUUAUUUGAGGGUCCUCACACACUCUGUCUAUGAGAGGGAUGCUCUGUCCUAUUAAGAGCCUGACUGAUACUGAAUCUCUUCGGCCAAUACUGAACUAGAUUUCGUAAAGUUUAAUGAAAUUAUACAGAGUAAAAAUUGAUCUUUCAGGGUGGGCUUCUCCAUGUAGAAAGGCAGCGUCGGCCGUGGGCUCAGUUCCAGCCUGCGUCUAAACUGCAUCAAACUGUCCUGUCAGUAAAGGCACAACAGCUCUGAGAAAUAAUCUUUAAAAAAAUAACCUCUCAGUGCUCUGUUGGACAUAUGAUGUCAUGGAGACACGAAAUGACUUGAACAUUUUUGUGCUGUCUGUCUUGUCACUUACUGAAUGACAUACAGCACAUAAGGGAUCAUUUCCAACAGUAGCUGCCAUGUGUGUGUGUGUGUGUGUGUGUUGCUCUUAGUGAUGGCCAAACGAAGCCUCAUGAAGCAUUUUCUUUAUUUUCUGAGCCCACUAGAUGGCGCUCCUGGUUUAAAGAGAGAGGCUCAAAGAAUGGCAAUUCAGUGUGCUUUCAACCUUUUGUUGAACAAAAAGCGCCAUCUAGUGGGCUCAUAAAAUAAAGAAAAUGCUUCAUGAGGCUUCAUUUGGCCAUCACUAGUUGCUCUGUGCAUUGGGAUUCUUAGCCUCUGUGGCAGCCAUUACAUUUGUGAAAUGUACAACUUGAAGUGAUCAUAUCAUGGUCACGUAGCAACAAAAUGAAUCCAGUUUAAAUAUAGAUUCCUCAUAUACUUGUAUAACUACUAUAACGUCAACUUUUGAUCCUGCUCUUCUGUUUUAAGUUAAAAAAAAGUUUUGUCAUUCCUGUAUUUGCAUUGCUAGGCAAUAUCUAUCUGAACAGAUAUGAGUACAUUUCACAAUGCUGGGCUCAAAAUGUUGUUAAAUACAAAGUACUAAUAUAUUGAUUAUGCAAAUUAUCGUAGCCCCCAGCUCUAUAGCUACCUUCACUGUAUGUGGAGUUUAAAACUCCUGAAAACUUGGUUCCAGGUCUUGUUUAUCUUCCUACGACAUUCACGACUUAAUAAGCAGCAAAGUAAAAGUUCAGAAAUAAGCUGUAGUAGUUAUUAUUUAUUACCAGUGUGAAAAUGUGGUGAGCUGAGCUACUGGUUAUUCUACAUCAAAAUAAUGUUUCACCACAUUGAGGCUAUCCCCAGAGAAAUGUAGCGCGCUAAGCUACUAGAAAAUGGCUAAAGUAGUCGGUGAGUUUCAAAGCUACUUUUAUUUUUUGACUUUAUGUCAAAUCAGCGUUUUCUCAGUGAUCAGAAAAACUGUCAGCCAAACAGAUACAGGCAAAAAAUGUUCAGUUGAGCUGUUUAUGAUCAAGUAACAGACUUAAAUUAAAACUUUCUUAACAAACUCAGACAGAAAACAUCUUCAUGUAAGACGCCAUCAGUCCUAAUAAAUAGUUUUCAGGACCUUAAACACUGGCGUCAUAAGCGUGUGGUUGUACUGUCCGGUUGAAUGAAGGAUUCUUAGUGGUCAUGGUAUAAGAUACUGGAAAUUAGUGAUGGCCAAAAGAAGCCUCAUGAAGCAUUUGCUUUAAAUGGUUCUCAUGGUUUAGAGAGAGAGGCUCAAAGAUUGGCAAUUCGGUGUGCUUUCAACCUUUUGUUGGACAAAAAGCGCCAUCUAGUGGGUUCAUAAAAUAAAGAAAAUGCUUCAUGAGGCUUCAUUUGGCCAUCACUACUUAAAAGAUUGCUAAACUCUCACAGUCUGUAGGAGGCUUAAUACAGCAUGUUGAGCUCUGUUACAUAGGUGAUUCUGUGAGGUUUCAGUACGUAGGAUGACCAAACCAUCGUGUUUUGAUCAAGGGCCAAAAGGCAUUCUGGGAAACACUAUGUCACUGACUAAUGUAGAAACAGACAAGUUUGGUUGAGGUAAACUAACUCCUGCCACAGACACCAGAUGAUAUGAGCUGACACUGAGACUCUCUCACAGUGUGUAAAGAUGGUGUAAAUAGCACACACACAGUUCCAGGUAUCAUAUUUGUGUACUGACGAGUGACGGAGUUGAUUUGCAGUUGGGACUGUUGAUCGCACUUAUUACAAAACAACAGGAAGUGACUCACGUUUCUUUCUUUUCAUGAUGUUUGAAUUCAGAAGCCAAAUGUUUGGUGACACCUGCCCGUUGUUUCCUCGUCCGUGCUGCUUUACGAACACGACCAGCUCCUCCUGAUUUGUUUGUACUUUGUCUCAUUUUGUAUUUGGUGCCAUGCUUGGAAAAAAUAUUUGAUGAUUUUUAGCUUUUAUUUUAUUUUUCAUUGCAGGUGUUUCUGUGUACUAUUGCAGAUAUUACUGAGACAGAAUCUUUGAGUUUUCUAAUCCUGUGUACAUGAUGCAAAUUAUUUUUGGUUUUUAUGAGGUACAUAUAUUCGACAGUACUGUUCAAAGAGCCAUUUCACAUAUUCCUCUGACACGAUGGCCUUCCCAUGGUUCAGCUCUCUCUGAAGCAAUAAAGACGGAUCAUUGUAAACUGUACAUGUAGACGUGGAGCUCUGUAGACUUCCAGAGGGUCUGUACUGUAAAUGUUUGUAGUUUAUGUAGUUAUAAGCUCCGAUAAUGUGGGAACCGAUUUGUACAUGAAUGUCCCGUACUGUAAAUAAACAUUU